AUGGAACGCAAACCCACCAGACCCUCUCGCAGCCGAGCAGUAAGCCAGUACCAAUAUCAGAGAACAUAUCAAGCUUGCAUAGCUUGCGCGAAGCGCAAGACUAAAUGCAGACGCAGUGACAAUGGAACGUCAUGCGAAAGGUGCGAGAAGAAGGGCAUCCGGUGUAUGUUUAAUAGCAAACAACCCUGGUCGCGAGGCACCUCUAGAGGACAUAAAGAAAAUACAUGUUUACCAUCAGCCACUCCUAAUGCCCCUUCUAGUCCAGCACUCAGUAUGAGAGGGGGCCAUGAUAUGGACGGAGCACAUAGUCCACCUACAAAUGAGACGCGAAAGGAUGACAACCUGAGAGUCGAUAAUAAUUUGCAUCUCGAACAAACUAAUACUGGGAAUGAAUUUUCACCGUCCAUGUUGGAGACGGUGGUGUCGAACGAACAGGAUGCCAUGAGAUUGCUAUUCAAAGCGGCGGCACCAUCCCAACCUUCUAUCGAAGUCGCUGCACCGCAAUGCUCGAGCAUUGAGGACAAUGAGAGCAACUACCCAGACGCUCUUCGCGUGUGGAAUGCCUGCCGCUUCGUUCGGAUGGGGUGGUUUACAGCUCAGGAGGCCAUAUCUUUGAUAGAAUGGUUCUUCACUCAUCUCAGUCCACUUUCGCCAAUCCUGACAGAUUUCUAUGCUACUAUCUCAAACCAAUUCUGGCUUGUGACUCAAGAGCCCUUCCUCUGUUGCACAAUCCUCCUCCUGGCCUCACGCUACCACAUUCUUCCCGGUCGGGCUGGGCGAGUACGAUCCUCGUUUAUCCAUCACCGUCUCAGCCAGCACUGCCAGCAUCUCUUGCUGCGAGUCAUGCUCGGGCAGGAAAAAAUUUCCAAAGCCAAGACACGAACCCUAGGAACAAUCGAGGCAUUAUUGUUACUCUGUGAAUGGUAUCCCAAGUCGUUACAUUUUCCCCCAGAAAGCGAUGGUUGGGACUCGGAUCUGAUCUUGACAAACCCGGAUGUGCGCGACCCACAGCUAGACAGCGAGCAUGAGCCCUCUGUCUCAGUUCAGUGGCAACAAGAAGUUAUUGAGCCGACGAAGCGUCUCGAGCGUAUGUCCUGGAUGAUACUCAGUGCGGCCGUUGCUCUUGCCCAUGAGUUGGGCGUGUUCAAAGAUAAUUCAACCUUGGCACUAGCAGAGAAUCAAACUCGAUCAGAUAGCAGAAUAUAUCUUGAAAAUCUGGAACUGAGGCGACAACGACUUCCCUGUCUGCUACUGAUCUUUUCAAAUAUUGCAUCUACACGAAUUGGGUGUGACUCGCUCAUUUCCUUGGGCUCUAGCUCACCGAGCAGUCUCCUGACUGCAGACGCCAAAUGGUGGACUCCUAUGGAGCUAUGGGUACGCCUCAUGCAUAUCUUCAGGUCAAUAACGUCUAGUUAUGCCGCCAUCUUGAAGGAGGCUAGAGCCGAUGCCUCAGUCAGCUCUUUGAUCAAUGAGGAAAGUCAAGAGCUCUCCGAAUGGCGAUCCAGCUUCGAGGCCAUCAGCGUAGAACAGCAAAGCUUCAAUGACACUCUCUUCAUCGAUUACCAACAUGUAUACACCAUACUAAACUCCAUCGGCAUGCAGCACAGGCUCGAUCAUCAGUCUUCGCAAGACAACACUGCUCCCUGCGGAUACACGGAUGCUGUGCUUGAGGGCUGCACCCAGAUCCUCAAUAGAAUAUCUAGCUUGAGCCAAAGUGGGCUAUUGCAGUAUAUGCCCGUUCGCCUCUUUUUCCGAAUGGCUAGUAGUUCGAUAUUCCUUCUCAAGGCUUUGGCUCUAGGGACCACCCGUGUGCGACAUUGUCUAGCUCUUGAAGCACUAGAGUCAACGAUCGCAAAGUUACAGGAGGUAUUAGCCGAGGAUGAGCUUCACCUAGGUGGUCGCUAUGCAAAGCUUCUGGAAAUUGUGGUAGCCCGUCUCCGGAAAAGUCUCCUUGAUGCAUCGCCCUUCGACGAGAGUCCCAGAACAGCGCAGGGCAAGGGCACCAGCAGCCAGCAUUAUAUGGGAGAUCCGAAUACAGAGGCCUUACCUAUAAGAACUGAUAGUACGAGUCCUGCCGUACAGGGCCUGGAUUAUGACGGUCUUGACCUUUUGAGCGACGACCAGUGGCUCUCUCUUCCCUUCGACAGUUCCAUGGCGCCCUUUGGGUCCUUAAUUGGGGAUUUAGGAGUUAUGCCUGAUACUAUUGAUACAGGGCUUGAUUUCUUAUGGAAUCUGCCGCCUUGA